UGGCCAUGGAUCAGCCAAAGGCGCGCCGGACGACUUGAGCCUGCUCUCAGAUUGUUGCCUGUUCAUAUCGGGAUGCCCCAGCUGGUUCUCGUAUCUUGAGGGGAUCACGGUACUGGUAGAUCACUCCGUUGAGAACCAACAGCCUACAUUUUAGGUGAUCCGACCUCUUUCUGUAUCUCUUUGUAACCCACACUUCGUUACUCCAUAUUUGCUAAAGAUGAUGACGUCCUUUCUACUGUGGCUGUUUUUUUCGACGGCUCUCUUUUAUACCUCGAGACUCAUCUUCAUCCCCAAGCGACUCCCGGGGGUUCCAUACAGCCGGGUCUCAUACAUCAUGCCAUGGGGCGACCUCCUAAACUUGGGAAUCUCCUUCUUCACCCGUGGUGAGGUUUUUGCAUGGUUCAAUGCGCAGUCCCGAAAUCACCGCAGCCCCAUCUACCAGGCCUUUAUUCCUUCCUUCAGCAUGUCCUUCCCUGUGGUGGUGGUGACGGACCCUACAGAGGUUCGAGAAAUUGUGACUCGCCGGCUCAGUAGCAUCGACCGGUCGAAACUUAUGGGCCAAUGGUUCGGGCUCCUGGCCCCUGGUGCAAGCAUCGGAAUGUCAUCGGGGUCCGGAUUCAGAGCGUUGAGGUGGACGUGGAACUCGAUGCUGAGCCCUACGUUUCUGGGGACCAUGGCUGGACCAAGGGCACGCGAUGCAGCGUUGGAACUGGUCGAACUAUGGUCCUUGAAGGGCAGCCAGGAACAAGCCAUGGCCUUUGAAGCAUGCGCGGACCUGAGGUUGGCGACGCUUGAGGCUAUGGUGGCUAUGCUGCUUGGAAAGGACUUCGGCCUACAAAGAGCCUCUAUAUCAGAUCUCGAGAACAAGGCGGGCGAGAAGAGGACGUGGCGCUGGGAACGCGGUAAACAAGAGACUCUGCCGAAGCGUCUCUAUCGAGACUUCAAACUCUGUCUCGUGUGCUUAGAUUGGGUCACACUGGGCAUCUCGCCAACUGUGUACUUGUGGGGGUUCAGGAACCUCUUCUGGCCCUUUCAAAGAGCACAGAAACGAGUCGAGGACUGUCUACAGAACAUCAUCGAUGAUGCGCGGCACACUUCGGCGGACAGGUCGAAGGACGAUUACCACCCUGACAGCGCCUUGGAGCUCGUCCUCGCGAGAGCUGCCUCGAGACCAACAGCCGAGGAUGCCACGUCUGACGUUGCGCUGCGAAGUGAGCUGAUCGAGUUACUGAUCACGGGCCAUGAGACGACGGCCUCGUCGAUUGGGUGGGCAUUAAAGUAUCUCGCUGAUAACGAAGGCGCCCAGGAGGCGCUCCAUGAAGAACUUGUUCGGUCUCUGCCGGAUUCGUGUUCUGCCCCGACCAGCGAACUUGUCAUGGCGACCCCCCUUCAUUAUCUCGACGCCUUCAUUGCAGAGACACUACGACAUUCAUGCACCGGACCCAUCUCCUUUCGUGAAGCCGUACAAGACUGCACCGUCCUCGGCCACCGGAUCCCGAGCGGGACGCCUGUCGUCCUCAUGACACAGGAUGUUACACAUCAAGCAGUGGCAUACCUGGGAGGGAAGCCGACAUUGGCAGCAGCUCGUGAAGCAAGCAACGGCCAGCCAGUAGGCCGAAACAUCACAGAGCCACCGCUGAACGAGUUUCAUCCUGAUCGCUGGCUUAGUGCCGCUGGGGAGUUCGAUCCGAAGGCAGCGGCAUCGAUGGCCUUCUCAGGAGGCCUUCGGGCCUGUUUCGGCAAGAAGAUAGCCAUGCUGGAGAUGCGGAUCUUCCUUGUUGUCCUAGUGUGGCAUUUCAGCUUCGCGAGGUUGAGCACGAGGCUGAGCCGCUAUGGCUCGCUCGACGGUCUUACCAGGAAGCCGAGCUGCUGCUUCGUCCUGCCCGUUCCAAGACGAGAACGGCUGGCCGAAGGAGCAAAAUCGGACAAGCCACGUUUGCCGCCGCUUUGUGAGGCUUAG